AAAAAAAUACUUUUUAGUUCAGCCUACAUUAUUACUAGAGCCGAAAACAGGCAGAAGUUGAAAAAUGACUCAGUUUGAGAAGCACUUAGUCGAGUGAUGAUUAAAUGAAGCUGUUCCUAAAAACGUGCUGCUACAAACUUUGGAAUCGUGGGCUGUAUUUAGUUUUCAUGUCAUGUUCCUGCAGUUUGACUUACUUUUUAUAAAUAAAUCACAGCAGUGUAAUAUGUCUACUGUUUUUGUUCAUCUCAACUAGUAUUCAGCCAAUUUUAAAGCGUAUUAAUGGACAGUAAAGCUUCAGAUAUUCUGGAUGAAUACUUUUACCGUGACUGUAUGUAUUUUUAUUUGUUUAUGUCUGUGUUUCUUUUUAAUACAACCUGUUGAGUUUUUUUAUUAUUAAAUGCCUGCAUGCAGUUAUUUCAAGCCUCUAUUAUCCUUAAACGGGGUCACACAGUCUUUUCGUCUGCCUGCUUCCCUUUAACCCCACCUCCAUCCCCUCUGUUUUUUGUGUCUCUGCGCGCCGUCCUUUGUGCCUCUGUUUGGGUGGACCGUUCCUCCUCUUCCUCCCCCCUCCUUGAAGGACGUGGGCCACCACAUCCAGCUCUCUAGCAAGGCGGGCCGGACAAACCAAGUCAGCGAGGAGGGGUCCGGUGCUCCGGCCCGUGAACCUGAACACUUAGCGGCGCGGUCGGACGUGGAGGAGGAUGGAGAGACGGAAGAUGCAGAAAACGAGGAGAGCAGUGGAGAAAACAGGGGGAGCGUUGAGGCGACGGCUGGGAACGAGCUGGAAGGAGACGGUCGACUUCACCAGGAGGAAGAUCAGAGUGGAGCUGAUACCGAAGAAAUGUUAGAAAACAUAAAACACAGUGAUAAGAGCUAUGAAGAGGUAGAAAGGUUUGCAGAGAGCCGGGAUGAUGACAACAGGGAUGGAGAUGUAAAGAGUUUAGACGAGUCAGAGAUUGAGGAGGGUAGAAAUAAGGAGAAACUUGACGAAAACAGAGAUGCGACCGAGAGAGGGGUUUCUGAUGACGAGCUGAGCGAGGGCGAGGGCUUCCAGAAACAGCAGGAAGAGGAUGAGGACGACGAGAGUGACGAAGCUGUGCAGAGACGCUCCAGAAGCAGCAGGGAGCCAACAGAGAGCGACAAGGAGGCACUGAAAGCUGGAGGAGAGGAAACGCCGGAGGAGGAAGCGGAGACAGAAGAUGAAGCAGGGAGUCUAAAUCCACCGGGUGCAUCGGAGAGCGACGAGGAAGUCCUUAAAGCUUUUAACUCGACUCGUGUCCAACCAGCCGAACUCAAACACGAGCGGGAAGAGAGUCUCGCUGACGAGAUGAAGGAGAGGAGCUCCUCCCUUCCUGUGGAGGAGUUUGAGGCCAAUAAGAACACUGCAGAGCCAUCUCCCUCCAUAGAUGUGAAGGCGUCCCAGAAGGUCCAAGAGAUCAGUGAUCUGUCUGGUUCCAUCAGUCUGCUGGAGAAAGACGACAAAGAGGAAACUCAAGAAGACGAGGAGGGAAAUGAGGAAAGAGGGAGGAAAGCUGAGAGUCAGAACCUGUCUAAAGACGAAGACAACCCUCCAUACCAUAAAGUUGACCGACUUGUCCUCCACCAGUCCAGCCAGUCGCCUUCCCUCUCCAACUCCUUCAGCUUGGAGCAAGUUGACUCCCAUCAGGCCGUCGUCCCGUCACCAAGCCUCGGUGCGUCCGCGGGGGUCCAGAGACCUGAAACCUCCAGGGGUCGGCCCGUCCGGACUUUGGAUGAAGACGCCGAACCCACCUUAAAAAAACAAGCAAGCGCUCUGGAAGAAGAGCCCAGCUGGACGGUCCAGAAGGAGGAGGAGGAGAAGGAGCGCUUGUUGAAGGAAAAGGAGGCAAGAAGGCAUUUUUUCUAUGAGCAGCUGAAAAGAGAAGAACAAGAAGAGGAACAGAAACUAAAGGAGGAGAGUGAAGAACGACUGAGAGUGCUGCAGCAGCAUCUCCUGUCUAAGAGGAGGGAGGAGGAGGCCAGGCUGAACGAGGUGUCUGACAGAAGACUGGUGGAACUCCGAGAGUCGGUCAGAAAGGAGAGAGAGAAGCAGGAAGAAAAACUCAGGUUAGAGAGCGACGUGAUGUUAAAGGAGCUGCAAGUCGCUCUGGAGGAAGAACGCGCAGCAGCUCGCGACAGGCUCGAGGCCCAGAAGAAGCAGGACGUCGAGCGUCUGAAGGCAGAAUUAGAGGAGGAGCUGCAGGCUGAGAGGAGGAGACUCCAGAGAGAGCAGGACGAGAAACUGAACUCUCUGAAACAGGAGGUCGUCAGCACAGAGCGGAGGAGGGAGCUGUUGAUGAGUCCACGACCCGAGCAGCAGCUGGCAGAGUACCACAGAGAGCUGUCCGACGUGCUCCAGCAAGUGAGAGAUGAAGUGCAACGUGAGCACGAGAACAAGCUGGAGCAGCUGAGGGACGACCACAGGAGGGAGAUGAACAGCAUCCGAGAGAAAUAUCUGGACGAGGAGACCGCUCUGAGGGAGCGCUCGCUGCGCACUCUGCAGGACGACAGGGAGCAGCUCCAGGCCUCACAUGCUGUCCAGCUGGAGAGACUCCGCUUGCAGCUCGACUCACAAACACAGAAGACUCAGCUGGGCUACUCACGCAAGGAGUCAGAACUGAAGGAUCUGGCAGAUCUGCUGGAGCUAAGAGAGAAAGAACUGAGGAGCCAGGAGGCCAUGCUUCAAACCAAGGCAGCAGAGCUAACGAAGAGGAGGAGGAUGCUUGGGGACGAAGAGAAAGAUUUAGACAGACAGAUAGAGACGUUGCCUCGGCUGGUCAAAGAGAGAGACCAGCUGAAGGAGGAACUGCUCAGAGCGAGGGAGGAGGUGGCACAAGCCCGGGAACUCGCCCACAGAGCCAGAGAGGAGAGAAACGAGGCCAAGGGGGCGGAGGAGAGGAUGAGGGAGGAGAGAGACAAAACCAGAGAGGAGAGCAGGAGAUCCAAGGUGGACAAGGAGCGACUGGAGAGCAAGGUGGCACUGCUGCAGGAGAGGUAUGACCAUCUCGGCUGCAGAGUCAGUGAGCUGGAACAAAGCAAAGGUGGGAAAACAUCUCCCAAAGCCGAGCAGGGCAGGAAGAAGGCAGACAAAGCAGUCAGGCUAUCCAGUGAGUGGAGAGACUCAUCGCUCCAUGUGGAGGACCUGGACGAGCCGUCUCUUUCUCCUGGACCCGACAGCCACAGCAGCAUGGACGGCUUUCGGCAGUACGUCUCCUCACACGGACACUCGAUCCAGAAGACGAAGCGCUUCCUGGAGAGAGAGAGCCACCGUCUGAUGGAGAGACAGGCAGCUCUGCAGGCGGCGCAGACGAGCAGCUCUCAGGAUCCCGGUCUGGGAGGACUGACUGAGGAGAAGCUGAGGACCCUCCAGCAGGAGUCCAGAGAUGUGGCCGAGCUGCAGCGGACGGUUCAGAGAGGAAACUCCCUGCUGAGGAAGAAGGAGGAGCAGCUGCAGCAGCUGGAGAGCUCUAUGGCUGAGGAGCUCGCGUUUGAUGAUUCGUCUGGUCUGGCGGGAGACAGAAAGGUAACGUUUGACGUGACCGAGUCCGACGUCAGCAGCACCGUGGAGCCGCCUCACGGGACAGGAGGUCAUCCCUCUGUCCCGGCCAAAGUCCAGGAGUUAGCGGAGUCCCUGCAGCAGAUCUCAGGCCAGCUCAACGCGGUCCUGAGCGCCCUGGGUUCUCUGGCCCCGAGGGAGAACGGCACACCAUACGCCCCAUUCUCCACAUCUCUGCCUCAGCCCAGCCUCGCUCCCACCUGUGCGCCAGUUCUCCCCCAGGCUCGCGGCUGGCUCUCCGGCUCCUCAGUGCCUCCUCUGACUGCGGGGCUCUCGGAGCCUCUCUGGAGCUUUGUGCCUCAGAGCAGCUCGGCGGCCUCGCCUCUCUUCAGCCGCCCGGGAGCCUCCGAGGUCCUCAUUAACAGUAGAUGGAGCCAAAUAUUCCCCGGAUCAGCUGUUGAUCCUGUCACUUCCAGCACCACGAGGACCCCCUCAGUCCACCCGUCAUACACUCCUGUCAGCCUGAGGGAGAUGCAGAGAUCAGUGGAGGUGGACGGCCGGAGGCUGCAGGGUCUGAUUGACGGCAACAAGAGGUGGCUGGACUUACGCAAGAAAGACACCAGCAUACCUCUGUUCACCCGCUACCAAGCUCCGCCCACCAAGAGCAGCCUGCUCCAGCUGGGUUUGGACGACAGCAACCAGAUCAGAGUCUAUCGUUACUGAGGAUCCUCGGGGGGGGGGGGACUCUAAAGACUGGCAUGUUGUGAUGUUUACAAAGACCUUCAGGGAUACUCGAGCCUCGUGUCGUACAAUCACACUUUGAAAACCAGGUUGAUCUCCACACUCAAAGAAAUGAAAUGUUGGAUUUACUUAACCAUGUCAUGUCAACUGGUUCCACUUAACUUGAGUUGAGUGAAUACAAAGCAAUAUACCCAUUUUCUAACCAAAGAACGAGUAUGUCGCUUUGAAUUUACUCAACUCAGUUAAAUAGAACCAGGUGACAUAACAUGGUUAAAUAAAUCCAACAUCUGUUUUUUAGAGUGCAUAACAGCAGCUUCAAUUUGUGCUUUAGCCAGUUUUUUUUUAAUAAUCGCACUUGUUUUUGAAAUAUCCCGUAUAUUUUAGCAGAAAUAAAUAUCUUCUGACGACAGUUCUGUAACUUUCUGGUUUUAUUUUGUAAACAAUAUUGUAUUUUUAUUACAUAAUAAAAUAUAUACAUUUUAGUACAUUUAUUA